UCUCGAAAAUUAGGUGGAGUCGUCUGGCUGGACACAAAAGUUCAACAUUUUUAUUGCCAAUCUUGCACGAGCUUCGUACGGUCGUGCUUUUACGUUCACUGCUGGCAAAGGUGCGAAGUACAUAUCGGUUAGUGGGUUGGCUGUCUAUCAGGAGUCAGAACGGGGAAGAAUAUAAUUUGGGUGAUCUCUGCCUUAGUGCGUCCAUUCCUGUGAGUGCAUUGAAAGUGAAAAGGUGCAUAGAAGUGGUGACGGUGCGAAGCGUGUGUGUCCAAGUUUACUGUACCCCUAUAAUUGAGUGAACAGAGCAAAGUAGUUAUUUUUUUAAGUGAAGCGAUACAACAUCCAAAUAAAGAUAGUUGUCGCAUUUUGUGUCAAGGCUCAGAACAACAUAUAGUUUGUGCUGGUCCGGUGCUAAGUGAGAUAGUGAGCAUAAAAACAACAAACUACACUGAAAUGGAGGAGGAUAACAAAAAGCCGUACAAGAUCAAAGACGUCACCCGUGCCAUCAAAAAAGCCGUCGUCGCUGGCACCCUGGACGAAGUCCGGGCCAAGGCAGCGGAAAAAUUUGGCCGCCCCGAACUGCCAAACAUCCACCUGGACUCGGACGGAACCGAGGUGGACGAUGAGGAUUACUUCCAGACGUUGGAAGCAAAUGCCGAACUGAUAGUUGUCUUCCCCGGCGAGCAGUGGAUUGAUCCCACCCACUACGUCACCAUAACGACCCAUAAGGAAUCGGGCGACAUCACCGACAGUCCCGAGGUGGAACGGAUACACCUAAAGAAACUGGUCGCCCAGAUGAAGUCGAACCUGUGCAACGUAUCGGUACUGAGCGAGCCGGAUCUGGAGCUGCUAUCGAACAUGGACCCCAACUCGGUGGCAGACAUCACCGGGCGUGAUUUUAUCGAGCAGCUCAAGGAAGCAUCAGGCAGAAUCCUGCAUGAAAAACGACAGGCUCUUGACGCAAUUGAGCUGCUAAAGUUGAUCGCCAAGCAGAAGGUCUCCAUCCCGAGUAUCGUACACAACAUCCCCGGGGGUGACGACGACGGUAACGAUGGUGAUGAUAAUGAUAACGAUGACAGUAAUUAUUGUGUGGAGGGCAGUUUAGGUGGUGUCGGUGGUGACGUUGGCGGUAACGUCAUCCGUUACCUCCCGGCGGCAGCGGACGAACUGGACAGUGCGAAUCGAAGCAGCAGUAACAGCAGCAGCAGCAGCAACAGUGGUAAGCAAAUCAUACUUGAACUGGAUCCCCGGACACUAGCCACAUUCCAACAGCAAAUUAGUACGAAUGCUUCAAGAAACACCGCAUCCGUAGCGGUUGCAGCAGCAGCAGCAACAACAGCAGUAGCCGAUCGUAGCGAUACUUCCGCGGACAAUUCCAACAGAGGCGAAACGUCAAACAUAUGAUAUUUGGUUUAUCAGAUCAAUUUUUGUCAGAAGUAGAAUUAGUUCAAGUGUCAAUUGAGAUUCAAAUCUUUUGUAGAUAUUGUUGUUGGUUAUUGGAACGUGUGAUACCACCUAAAUACAGGAAGGGCGGAGUCAUUGAUUGAUAAUCUAAACUCUAUGAUGUUAAUGAGAAUCAAAAGUUUUACGGCUAUACAGUAGCAGUUGAUUUAAACGAAGCAAAAUACAGCACAGAGAACGUAACGAAAUUGUAAAAUAAUCUCUGCCCAUACGGAUUGCCUUAAUUUAGUUGAGUAAUAGUACAUGGAGAAAUUAAUUCAGUGACAUUCGUGCACGAACACAGAAGCAGUUUUUUGUUCGCAGGGUGCGACGUAGUCGAUAUGCAGAAAGCCGCAACUUGACUACCGAAUGUUAUUAAAGUCCCUUCUAUCCCAUGGCGAACAUUUCACCCCGAAUGAUGAGCUUAUUAGUUUGUUCAAACAGCCACUAGCGGUAGCCGUCUUUUCCUACGGAAUAUUUUCCAUCCCGGCCUUCAUGAAUCAUUCAUCCACCCGGGACCAUCUCGGGCCGACCCGGGUACUGUGCCAGACAACGCACACUGGGCAAAAUGUAGGAAACUUACUGGAUGCUGGGAAAGUUUGAUCAAAUACGGGAAAAUCAAAAGUUGGGAUAAAGGAUAAUGCACCUUUGUCUCAUGCAGCUUCAGACCGUUAUAAUAGAACUACACUGCCGUUAUUCGCAUAAUUGUCCCAUGUUCUAUGGGGUUCCCUAUAUACAUGGGACAAUUAUGCAUAGAACGGCAGUAUAGAAGCAUUACAAAGUAAUGCAAUUACUUAUCUUGUUUUGAAUUUCCAUUAGGUAAUGGAGUGACAGUACUGCUCAGUAAUGAUACUAAAACGCCUCGUGCAACGACACCGAAUGAUGUUCAGGAAAGGCAACCCAAUCUUUAAGACACGAUACGAGCUGCCUUAUUUCAUAAUCCCUCAAAAUAAAACUUUAUCGUUCACAUGAGAACUGCAAAAGUAGUUUCUAGUUAGCGUUGUGUGCUGCUCUACGCGACAGAUCUCAGAAUACGAGAAAAACAUUUUUUUUUGGUUAGUUUUUUUUUUAUUUUCAAUCCAUUUAUCAAGAGUUUUUGUAGUUUGUUCGCAAAUAUAUUCAGAAAUUUGUUAAAUGGUUCAAUAAUGACAAUACCAAAGUAACUCGAAUCUAUAAAUAUGAGUGAGCACAAUCAUUUCAGCAUCACUGACUUCCAACAAAUGGAAGAAAAAACAACGUCUCAUCGUGGCUCUUGCAAUACUUUUGUCAGCUACGGUAUGUGUGGACGAAUUGCUAGUUGACUGUUGGAAUUGCUAUCAUGUGGUUUUCAUGCCAUCGAGUAGUCUUAUCAACCUCGCGGUUAUGUCUCUGACACUAGCCAGCUCUAGCUGUUUCUGGCCAAUGAAAUAAUCUCAUAAACAUUAAAAUAUUGCGUUUCUAGAGCGUUGUCGUUUUAGAUUAGCACAGAUGAACGCUUUAUUUCGUCGAGAUUUUAUGAACAACCUUAUUUGGUGCUAUUGGGAUAUGAACUUUUUCGGUGCUAAUGAAAUACUAAAGUGUCAAACAGAAAAUUAAAAUACGAUUUACUAAACAAAUACUGUGUGUCCUAAUCAUCCUAACACCCACUGGCUGGCAGCGGUUAACAGAAAUCAAGAUGUUUCCAUUUAUUUAUUCAUGCAAAUAACUUAAUUACAGAAUUUUGGUAGGUGUUAGCUCGAUUGAAGCCAUCGUUCCAUCAACCAGCCCCGUUCUAAUAUAAUGUUUGCAUCAAGUGGAUUUAAACAUUAUAAAAAGACUUUCGAUUCCUUACGGAAAGUACGAAGUCGAGGCGUAUUAAGCGUAUUUAUUAGAUUUUUAUAUAAAAUAAGUUACAUUGGGUGGAUCUUGUAUAAUGAUUUUGUUUCCACAUACAUUUGGUUUAGAGCCAUAAGAAUGUUUUUCCGUGUUAAGCAGACAACAAUUUGCCCGCGUAUUUUUGCAAUAUAUUAAUAUCUGAAACGAUACUGAAAUGAACACUUUCAUUGUAUAUGAAUAUUCUAUUCUAAUAAUCCAUUGACGCUGUCAGCUGAUUUUUAACCGAAAUGCUUAUAAUGUGAUCAUUAAAAAUACGGAAAACAACCACAAUUGACCCCCUUCAACACCAGUUUGGCCUUACAAAGCCGAAACGCGGGUGGCAUCGUGAAAACUGUCGAAUAGAAGGUGACAACUCAAUUUCAAUUCAUUUGAAGACAACAUGUCUUGGGUUUGCAUACCGUACAUAACUAGACUCACUGUUCUCCCUUCACCCACAGGGAAGAUAUCAAUGAAAAUGGUCAUUUCAAAGCUUCGCAAAAAGUCUCACAUAACAUUUGCCAAACAAGUACUCAAGCAAAAACUGAUUAUUGAUUAAAAAUAAUUGGCUCUUGAUUUUUUCUUCACACUCACCGUCAAGAAUGACAGAGGUGCUCGGCUUCUUGAAAACAAGGCUUGUUCAUUUGAUUGCAGGGUUCGGAUCGUUUUACUAUAUUUUUGAAAAGUUGUAGCACUUAAUGCAUCAAGGUUUUGAAAAUAGCGAGGACGAAAAGUGCUUUCGAACCUGUUUUCUUUGUAUCAGACUGUAAGGAUCGGAGCGCAAUUUCAAAAGUAUUUGAAUAGAGUCUAUGGAAAAGACGACACAGGCGUUCUUGGGUCGAUUCCAAUGGAUUCUUUCUGCUUCUCAGGAUCCGGAAUUCGGCGGUCGUCUGAAAUUUCGAUUUUCAAAUAAGCGUUGUACAAUACGUGAUACUUAAUAACCUUAUUUAAUGAAAAUCAGUGAAAGAUUUGGUUUGAUAUGAUUUUGAGUUUAGAACUAAUUUAUAAUUGAAACCAAUUUAAAAUUGUUCAAAACGUUCGGAUCCGACCCUGUUAUUCCUCCCUUUUAUUUCUGAUUUCUGAUCAUUUCUCUCUUUUUAUUCCAUAGCGAAUAAAAAAGAUCGAAAGACGAUGCUUCGGUACGCGUUUAGUAAUUGACAUGAAUCGUUGCUCUCUAAGGUUACGUUCUUAAGUGUACCAUAAGGAUGUGUAUGAAUAAGCCGGCAGAGGGUGCGGACAUAGCGUGGUUGGUAAAUUGGUUGGUAAAGCCUUUAACGCAGCUCAUCUGGGUUCGAUUCCCAACCCCGCACAUAGGGUUAGAGAUUCAUCUAAAAAGAUGAUUCUAAUCUAUAAUGAGGCGAAUCUCCUUAAGAUUAAAACCUCUAUAAUCAAAUAAAAAAUCCGGCUGCAUACUGAAGCGCUGAAAUCGAGAUAUUAAUCCCAACUUACAAACUUGAAGAUGCAACCAGUCGCUACAUUUUAGUCGCAUUCACAAGUUGCCUAUUUAUGACCUCUAAUGUUUCAUUGCGUUGUCAGGAGUAUCUGCUCCAAAUUUAAGCCAAAUCGGACAAGUCUAGCUACCGCCCAACUAGUUUACAUUUUCAUAUCUAGGUGGCACUGCAUGAAAAAUUACUGCAAGCAAAAGUAAGAUAAAUAAUUUUAUUUCCCAUAACUUUGUCGAACACUACAACUUAAUCCAAUUUUAUUGAGAGAAGUUAUUGAACUUUUAACAAAGUAAUGUCUGAGUCAGUUUUGCAUAGAGACUAACCGCGCAUGGUGGUAGUGCUCGAUUCCCAAUGGAAAGAGAUAAAAAUUAGGUACCUUCUACAAAGUUAUAGAACAGGCACUUACUUUCUUCUUAACCUGUCCUAAUUAUAUCCUAAUUUAUUGAAAAGUUUGUGACGGCGCCCUCUAUCCGAUGAAAUGUGCAAUGAGAGUUUUCAGAAAGUCGUUUUUGACAUAGAAAAUGUCUUACUACACUAUCUCAUUUUAAAAUCCAAAAGUUUCUGCAUCACUAUUUUGAACGCUAAUGACUUUAUUUAUGGAUGAAUUUACAUCGUUUUUAUCAACAAAUCAUUUUGAAUUAACUGAAAUUUGAUUUUAUUUCUAUACUGUUUAUGUAUUCCAAUAGUAUACUAUUUUGAACGCUAAUGACUAGAUCUCGGAAAACGUGAAAACUACCAUACACGCGUCAGUCUUUUCCGGGCAGAGCCGUCAAUAGGGAGCACCUAGCGACUCAAUCAAAUACAACGAGAUUAUAAAUAACGUGAAUUUUUGGCUUUCACGGUUUAGAAAAUAAGAACGGCUGUUGUAUACUGUCCGACGUUUCGGCUACUGGUUUUGGCCUUUUUCAAGGGAAAUAUAAGGCCAAAACCAGUGGUCGAAACGUCGGGCAGUAUACAACAGCUGUUCUUAUUUUCUAGACCGUGAAAGCCGAAAAUCCAUCCGGUCGUUUUCUACUUUCCAUAAUAAAUAAAGAUACCGCGUGUCUGUUUGAGUCAUGACUGCAUCGUCCGGUUUGGACGGUAAAAUAGGCGGUAGACGCUAAGGCAUUUCUGCACACGCAGUAGAAUCAUGUGCAACUUGCACCUGUUUCCUUGCUGUGUGCAAAGUUUAUCGUGCGCUGCGCAAUUUGAAACUUUGUUCAAUACUGCAGGGUGUGACGUCUGUUGUUUGUGAGUUUGUACAGGUUAGCGUUGAAAUAAAUUUGUAUGCUUGUGUGUGUGCGUUUAGUUGGAAUUCUCGUACCAUAAUGUUUUCGGCCGCUCUUGGGUACGUAGGGUCAUGAGCCUAUUGGCACACACGUUUUAUAUUUCCGAAAUACGUGAUGCGGCCACAGCAAACGUCAUUGAAGAAUAAAUAACAGAGAAAGGGUCCGAAGGUGCUACCUUGAGGCACACUGGAUAAAUCAAUGGAAAUAUGCGAUUCGCUAUUUUCCAGUUUGACAGAUAGGGUACGGCCGAUAAGAUUUUUAACUCGCAGCAUUACUCUUUUGGACAGCUAGGGUAAGGCCACAUUUCUGUAUAUUAACAGCACAACGAGAACAAAAAAUUGGAUCUGCGCUUCGUUAAAGCUAGAGAUCAUUCGCCACAUAUGUCUGCCGUCCUCGUCCCGCUAGUAAAGUAUGUUCGUCACCAUCCGACUUUACGUCUCACACUCGAAGACCAAUACCUUGACGUUCCGACUGACGUUCCGUGGUUCGGAACGCUGUGGAACGCAGUGUACGAUGUACGAUGGAAUAUUGAAGCUGAACCUUCCCAGAGAUGGAACGAUUUUCGAUUUUGCGGAUGAUGUGGUAUUCCAAGUAAUCGGAGAAUCACUAGAAGAGGUGAAGGCACUCGCCACGGAGACGAUUGCCCGUUAUAAAACAGUGUUGGUGUUGAUUAGCAGCCGAAAGACAGCAACAGGCGAAAAUCACGAAUAUGUGUCGACUCCAACUUUUAAAGUCACGACGAUUAUGCUAAGGGGAAGACUGUGAGAGCAACCAUAGCUUUGGUGGAGGUGCCAGUGUAGCGGGAACAACGAACCAUCUGGAAUCGCCAGACCAAAGCCCUUGAGCAGACUAGUUCCCCCGACAGGGACUGGAUGCGAAUAAGUCGAGUGAAGCGCCAGCGAUGGGUAAUCGAGUUUUCAGCGAACCGGAAGCAGCGAACCAGAAGCUACGCUCCAUCCGGUAUCUUUAACAUUUUCUCAUCAAUUUAUUUAAACUUUACGAAAGAGCCGCUGAUGUAGUUGCUUUUUCAUUUUUUUCUGAAAAUUUCCAACCCUAGCUAUGUGAAGCCUAGUUCAAUGUCGAAACCUCCUUGAAAAACUACUUUCUUAGCUCCUCUUAGAAAUAAUUUGAUCUUCAAUGAUGUCCUCUAGAUAUGAGAACACACGUCGGUUCGCUUGGACUUUUAUAACUUCAAUAAAAUACUUUUCAAUAAUUCACAAUCUUCUUACCUCAUCGCUUAAAGUAGAUGCCGUUCGAACCCCGUAUCAAGCUCAAAAGGAAUAAGCGUACUGAAAUACGAUUCACUCGAAUUCCUAUACACUUUGACACAAUUUCCUCCCAGUGUGCAACGGGCCGCAAGAAUCCAUUAGUACACCUGUCACGUUAUACUCGGACAUGUUUUACGGGCCUCUCGACAUUUUUGACGUUUUAUUUACCCUCUCACCUGGUUGCCAUCGCAAUUUGGACAAGUAAGCGACGCGACGACGACGCAGGCCGCCGCAAAGCACGGAACAGGCAGAUGACCUUAGUACAAUUAAAAUGUUUAUCCAUACACACUCCCACCCACACCGCCGGAUUCGCUGCCCGCGUCGUCGUGUUGGUUGAUUUUGGACAGGUAUGCCGGUAUGGGUAGAAUGCCUGAUGAAGUAUAAAAUGGAAUAAUAUGAAAGGAUUUUUUUUGGUAACGCGCCGCAUUUUUGAUUACGGGUGUGGCAUGGCUGAAAAACAUUUUUUUUUUCAGGAAAUGUUCAUAAUUCAAAGCUUUAGAAUACGCGAUAAUGCCCACACGUUCGUAUUUACGUGAUUAUAAAAUAACGGUAACGCACCAGCAUAUUAACGAACAUGGUGCCGAUUAUUACGAUGUCAACAACACAAUCCAAAUUAUUACCAUAUUAGUUGGUCGAGUUCACAAUAUUUAGCGUUAAUUUAUAUCUAGAAAUCAUAUCGAAAAACUAAAAUAUUUUUGUUUCACAUUAGUGAACGCGGUUUACAUUAUUUGGUGGAUGGUGGCUGUGCGUUUCAAAUUUGCUCCCUAGGACUCGAACUGGAAACAUCGAUAUAUAAUUGAGUUUUUUUUAAUCAUGAUUAAUUUUUUCUCUCUGAGUAUAGUAUUGGAUUUUUUAACUAGAUCAUGUUUCACAAAGUAGUGAUUUGGACUAGUUCGCGAGCAUACACAGUUGGUUCUGAACAAUGUUUAAUUUUGUGAUCUAGUUUACGUGAAACGAAAGGCACUUUAUUUGGAAACAAAUUAAGCUCUGAAACUACAAAAACGUCAACAUAGAGAUAAUAACUAAACCCACGAGUCUUGCUAAUUUAUCCAGUACACCAAACCAACGUUACAAAAAAACACUACCGCCAUUGCAUACCUUUGUAAAAAAUGUAAUAUUUUCCAAUACUAGAUUCCAUACAAUGUGCACUAACGAGUUCUCCGACUUUAACGUAUAAUACAUCCGAACAAAGUGCUACAAUGUUAUGUUCGUAACCAGCAAGUUACUGUUCCCUGUCGCAUAGAACACGAGCAAAAAACGCUACUGCAGUGUAAGUGCUAUAUUUUGCAGCUUUGUGACCAACCCGGACGCUUUAAGAGCUAUAUCUACAUGUAGAGUAAAUUUAACGAGCCACUUUUGGAAGCUUUUUGUGGCUCCUAUGGCGAGCUAGGUACAUUCCCAGUUGCGUUACUAAGGCGUAUCCUUCCACGAAUAACGAAGUGGGGAAGCUUCGUUUUUUAUUUCAGAGGAAUCUUCUGAAAAUACUCCCCAAAAACAUAUACCCAUAUCACUUCAACCGUAGAGCGGCACCGCACAGCCAAACCCAAGUAUGCACGCACAAAAACUGUCUCAAAAUGAAACAUUUCCCUCUCGAAAAGCCCAAAAGACUG